AGGGAUAACCGCUGUCAUCGAUGCGGCUCGCAUUCAAAAUGGCGGACAAAGAAGGGCGACCGGAGCGGGAAGAAAAGAAGAAAGAUUCAUCGAGAAAAUAUCAAGAGGAAAGAGAGAUUUCACGCAGUCGACCGAAGAAAAAAUCUAAAAGGAAGCAUAAGAAUCAGUCAAGAGAAAAUUCUUCUUCAUCGAGUUCUUCAAGUAGAAACAGGUCGCCGUCGCAAGCAGAAAAACAGAAGAAAAGAAGGAAAUAUGCAAAAAGCAGUUCAUCCAGCAAAACUGGCAGCAGCUCCUCAAGUGCCUCUGAAUCAGAUUCCUCAGAGGAAAGGACAAAAAGGAAGAAGAGAAAGGAGAAGAAAAGAAAGAGGAAGAGCAAGAAGAGGGAAACAGAUGAAGCUUCUGGCCCUGUUCAACUUUCAAAGUUCAUGAAAGAACGAAAACGGAAAGAAGAGGCACUGAGAAGCGCCGUGACAGGCAAGAAGAUCAAACUCAAAGUUAAAAAAUCAAGCAAGGACAAGGAGCGAGACAAGAACCGAAAACAGCUACUGCACUUCUUGAAUCAGACCUUAUAGGAUUUUCAGAGAAGCUUAUCGGGUCUGUUAACUAAAUACUGACACGACUGGUUGGUAGACAAGAGGGUGAAGAAUGGCGAAUGGUUUCCUGGAAUCGGGAGAAGGCAGUAUCAGGGUCCAUCAAGUUAUAAAGUAUGUGCACGUGGAGGGAAAAGAAGUCGAGUAAUUUUUUUCAUUCUUCGUACCACAUGUUGUUAUAUCCUGAACCUGGCAAAACGGGAAAGGAAAACUCACCAAGAGUUGGCGAAUGAAAGAAAUGUGGACUCUUAAAGAAAAAAUAGGACGAUUCAAGCACUUCAUGGCAAACAGCCAUGAUCCGAUCAAUGUGAAGAUUCUGAUCUGAAUUUUAUUUGUUUCUCCUGUAAAUCUCGCUUUUCAUAAGAUGUAUGUAUACAUUUAUAAAAACGUAAA